GAAAUUGAGAUUGCAAGCGAGGAUUUGGAAAGCUUGUGAAAUCAAUUGAUUACGUUUAUAGAAAUUAUUUAGUAACUUGUGAAAAAAAUCAACUAUUGCAACUUUCCUACCUCUAUUUUAUUUAAAACUCGCGUUCUUUAGUACCUCUAAACACUCUUGACUUUCAAGAUCGAAACUUUUGAUUUCAAAAUAAUGGUUUUUGGUUAAUGUUUCAAAAUGAUGUUUAUAUUUUACCAUAUGUCUUAGCACAAAGUUCGUAGUGCUAUAUUUUUUUCCAAAAAAAUAUAGCGCUUCAUAUUUUUAUUUUUGUAUUGAGUUUUUCUACAAAUGUUUGGAAGUUUAUUCGAUGACGAAAGGCCGGCUGGUGUGAUGACUAACGUACACACUUUGGCUGCUCCUAGACCUCCAAAUCGUCGUCUUCCCUGUGGUUUGAGUGGUAUAGAAAAUCAAGGAGCGACCUGCUACUUAAACUCCUUGUUACAAACACUUCUAUAUACACCAGAAUUUAGAGAAGGAAUAUUUAGCCUCACAGAUGCAGAACUUGGAGUGGGAAACAAAGAAAGGGGAGGUAAAGUUCGAAAAAUCCCUGUUUCUCUUCAGAAAUUAUUUGCUAGAUUGUUAUUAGUUGAUCAGCAAGCUGCCUCAACUUUGGAUCUCACUGAAAGUUUUGGAUGGCAAAACAAUGAGGAACUCCAGCAACAUGAUGUGCAAGAGCUUAAUCGAAUCCUAUUUAGUGCUAUUGAUUCCUCACUUGUCGGGACUACGGGUAAAGAUCUGAUUUCAAAACUCUACCAUGGAACAACUGUAACUGAGAUUGUGUGCCAGAACUGUGGAAAAAUAAGUGAAAAAGAGGAAGACUUUUUAGACUUAAAUGUAAUUGUACAAAGUUUUGCCAGUCUGCAAGAUAGUUUAAAUGCAACCUUCCUCCAAACAGAAAUAAUGAAAGGCAAAAAUCAGUAUCGUUGCAGUAUUUGUUGCAAUUUAGUUGAUGCUAAAAAGGGUUUAAAAAUUCAGUGUCUUCCUCCAAUUUUAACACUAUCUUUAUUAAGGUUUACUUAUGAUACUGUUAAAAAUGACAGAUUCAAGGAGACUGCAAAGUUUAUCUUCCCAUUUGAAAUUGACAUGGCUCCUUACUGCAAAGAGGAGCUGAAACCUGAAGAGAGCUUUUAUGACUUGUUUUCCAUUUUAAUACAUAGUGGCUGUAGUUCCGCUGGUCAUUACCACGCAUACAUUCGAGAUGUUGAUUUCCUUGGAAAGUGGACUUCACAGGAUGAAGAUAGUGCUGCUGGCAGCAAGGAUUCCAUGGAUGGUAUCAAUGACCCUGUUUCAUUAGUAAAGGCUAUUUUAAGUCAACAAGAAGAUAAUUGCAUACCAUUAGAGGGUCUCUAUGGGGAAAUAACUAAAUGGAGUGGCCUGUCAUGGAAUAAAAAAUUUAAAAGUGGACAUGGUCUUCUUGUAAAGUUCCUUCAAAAAAAUUGUGAUGUAUUUCUAUUUAACUCUUCCACGAGUAUGGUUUACUUAAUAAAGGAUUCUUUUAACUUUGAAUCAUCUGGGGAAAGCUCAAGUGCCAAUGGAUAUGACCGAGAAACUGUCCUCCCUAAUAGUCCCAAAGAAACAAAGAAAAAUACUGUGAUUAAUUCAUUAAAGCUGAGCUUUUUUGAUAAAAAAAGGGCACAAAUUAGUGAAAUUGCUGUUAGUCAAUACUGGUUUGACUUUAAUGACUCUAAAGUUACUCCUAUUCAUCUAAAGGAUAUUAUAAAACAAUAUUCUGGACAAGAAAGUGCCUAUAUGUUAUUUUAUCGCCAAAGAUCUCUCUCUAGACCCUUAGGAGCUAUGGGUAAUCCGAAGUAUAUGAUGCCAGAAAGGCUAGUAAAAUUAACUGAAGAAGAUAAUGAAGAUUUAAAGAGACAAAGGGAAGAAUAUGAAACAGCUAUCAAUACCAUUACUAUUCAAGUGCACUUAGGAAAUAACUAUAAAUCUUCUAAUGGUGUCCUAGAGCCUAAACCGGGAGAAAUUCACUACUUGGAUAUGGCUAUCGAUAAAAGGAAGCAACUGUCUGAAUUACGUGAUUGUGUCUCUAAGCUAUGUGCUGGGUUUUAUUCUAGUCAAGAAUGUGUUCUUCAUACAGCACGUGAAGUGCCUGCAGGGUUACAUAUAUAUGAUGAAUUAACAGAGUCUCAAGAUUUUCAGCCAAUAAAAGACUUAAAUAUCCUUGAUGGGUCAAAAAUAUUUAUUUGGGAUGGCAAACAGAUUGAUGGUGAAAGUUUCUCAGUUGGUGUUGCUCAUGAACCAGUAUUGUUAAAUGUAACAAUGAAUUUGCCGAGUGGAGAAGCAACUGAAUUAUCAAAAGGUUUCCCUAAAACUACAACAAUUGGCGAAUUUAAAAUGCUGGUUGGCAGUUUAUUGCCUGUACCAGUGGAAGAACUGAGAUUUAGCAGAGUAGAUUUGCAAGGUGAAGAUGCCAAUUUGUCCCCUCUUACAGAGAAUCAUGAUGGGCGUACAUUAGCAGAAUUGUCUUUCAUUGAUGGAGAUAACAUCAUUAUUGACAGUAUAAAAUGUGAAAAUAUGGUUGUUAAAGUGAAUCAGAGGCUUACAGUUUGUGUACAGAAUUGUUGCAAGAAUCCCCUAUAUUCUGAUGAAACGUCCAUUCAACUGAUAGAGCUUGCACUUGACUUGAGCAAUAGUGUUGAAGAAUUGAGAGAAUUAGCUGUAUCUAAACUAAAUCUACCAAAUGAUCAAAGUUACAUUUUGAGGAAGUUUAUAAAAAGUCAGAACAAGCGACCUCCCUUGCAUGAACUUCAAACCUUAAAAGAAGCUGGUGUUUCAGAUGCAUCAUAUGUGACAAUAGAAGAAGGUGUACCACCUACUCUUGAACAAAUAACCAUCCUGUUCAAUGUGGGUGUAGGCAUAGGAGAUACUCCAGAUUUUGAAGUCACUGUGAACAAGAGCUGCACAGUACAUGAGUGUCUGAGGCAAAUGCUUUCUAUUGCAGGACUCACUGGCGAUUCCUGGCAUUUAAAAAAAACUAAUUGGUGUGGAGAAUCUAUGGAGCAGCUGUCUCUGUUGGAAGGUGUUACCCUCGAAGAUGAAGGUAUACAACAUGGGGAGAAUUUGCUUGUUAUAGAAGGACGAAUGCCUCCAAAAGGAUUCCUAAACUUCUCUAUUCACCUUUUCCCUACUCUUGAAAUGAUUCCUAACAUAUGUAGUAUGAAUGGACUUUAUAACUCUAUAGAAGAUCUUAUCCAAAAUUUUGGUGAAAAUGUCACUAAAGAUGACUCAAAUCGCAGCGCUAAGCUGGGUGAAGUUGAGCUCUCCAGUGAAUCGACUGUUGCUGACCUUAAGAAAUACGUCCUCACUCUUCCUUCAUUGUCUACCAUUUCUCUUCCUAAUAUAAGAUUUUUGAGGUUACGUUUGCUUGAUAAUGGAAGGCCAGGGAAAAUUUUAAGAGGCCUUUCCAAUACUCUAAGGAAGUUGAAAAUGCAAUCUCAGAGAUCUCUAGCUGCUCAAAUUUUAUUCAAAGAAGAGGAUCUGAUGCAAACAGAACUUUUACUAAAUGUGUGCCAACGAAUACCUGAUUCAAAAUCAUAUGCUCCGCCCGUUGAACUUGCAUGGGAUUCUAGUAAAUCAGCCAGUCCAAAAUCCUUAAAACAGGCAAUUGCUGAAGGUUUAGCUUGUCCAGUUGAGAGGCUUGUCAUAGCAAAACGAUUUCCAGAAAGAUGUCAAUGGCUUAUUAUUGAUGAUGGAACAAAUUCUAAAAGUAAUAAGAAGAAGAGAUGGGGAACUGUCAAGUCAAAUCUUAGACAUUCACCUUAUUUUUUGAGAGAUGGAGAUACAAUAGGAGUCAAAGAUCGUUUAAGUGACCCUGACGACGCUGAUGACUUUAUGACACCUGAUGACAUUGAAGGUCAAGAAAUUCUGAAAGUUGCUGCUGAAAAUAAGAGGUUAAAAAGACAAGAAGAAAAGAGUCCAUCCAGAUACGGAGAAUGGAUGCUUGGGGGAAGCGACAGGGAAUUGCCUCGACAUGCCAAGAAAUCCGAAGUUGGAAUAAAAAUACACGUGGAGGAUUUCACAUGUUCUUGAUUUGUGAUUGAAGAAAAAUGACAAAAUUUUUAAAAACAUUUGACAAGGUUGUCAAAAGUCCAGUUAUAACCGCAUGAAGUCCACGAACUGCAUUUUUAUACAGGUGUUACAGAUACGAUUGUUUUUCUCAAUAGCUUUUCAAGGAAAUGGUUAUUUAUUUAUAGACAUUCGCUCUCUGUGCGGUUCUUUCUUCUCUUGUGGUUGAGUGACAGGAGAAAGCAGCUUCUUACAACUUUAGUUUUUAUGCCAAUGAUUUCAAUGUGUGUUUUUACCGGAUGAUUGUGCUAUAUAGUGUUUAAAAGACAUUUCCAUGUGUACAUAGAAUGCUGUUGGGAAUUAUUCUUAUACAUCCUCAAAAAAGAAAUUAUGUUAUAAAUAUUCUUGAGCUUUGCCAUGUGUUUUUUGAUUAAGAACAAAUAGAAAGUUCUUAGAAAUUAAAAAAUCUACAUUAUUUUUGUGAGAAAUGUGUACUCAAUAAUAACAUUUACUACAAAUUUUUGUCUUACAUAUAUUUUUUAUGUAUGUGUUAGAAUUUUUUAUUUAUGAGAUCCCAAACAAUACUUUCAUAAAAUUAAAAUUAGUUAUUAAAUUCCAGUUAAAAUUACUUUUGAAAAUCUAAUUUUGAAUAAGCGUUAAAAAAUUAAUUCAGAUUAAAAUGUAAAUUUGUAUACUCAAUGCAUUCCAGCGUGUUGGUGCUAUUAUAGACAAUUGAACAUGAUGUUGAGCAACAAUAUAUUUCUUGCAACCAAAAAAUAUGAAUAUAUUUUAUUGAUAGCUAUGUAUUAUUUAUUUCUUUGAGCAGUGUCUUCUGAUUGUACUGGCUGUUUCUGUAGAACGAAUGUGCAAUUUGCUAAUUGUUUCUUUAAGCAGACUUAUGCUUAUGUGAAAAUAAAGUAUUUAAUG